AUAGUCUAUACAAGAAAGAGAAAGAAGGAAAGAAAGCCUCAGCUCCGGAAGCCACGACACAGAGAACAAAGUGAAAAAAAAAAAAAAACCCAUAAAGAACCCAAUAUGAUAGGCAGAACUUCUCUUCCUUGUUAUUCUUCUUCUUCUUCUUCUUCUCUGAUCACCUUCAUUCUCAGUUUCACUUCUUCUUCUUCUUCUUGUGGUUUCUCUCUCUAAGUACUGUUGGAUUUCUAUCUCUAACUACUUUUUAUUAUUUUCUUUUAGUUCUUAUAGAUAUCUCCUACUUCUUAUCUUUACUUCUUUCAGCUCAGAUCAUUAAUUUCCAUCUGAAGAUCAUUUGAUCUUCUUUGUCUUCUUUCGAUGAUUUGAUAAGCAAUUACAUAUCCUUUUGUGCUGCACUCAAUCUUCUCGAUCCCUUCCUCUGCGCGAUUGGGUUUCCGCCAACACUUCCUAGUUUACUUAUAUCUUCUUCUUCUUCUUCUUUCAUCUUCAUCGGAUCCCAACUCUCAUGUCACUGAAAGAGAAGAACAAACCCUAUUUAUGCAAGAGUCCUUGUUAGAGAGAAAAUUGAAACGUGAUCACAGGUUUUGUUGUUGUACCUCUUCUAUUUAUCUGUUUUUCCUUAGAUUUGCAACUCUGGCGAACCGGUGGUGGACCGGGCAAGUGCCGCUUCCCGGCGUUGAAUCGGCAUCAGGUUUAGGCUUCCCAGUUAGCUUGAAAAAAAGGGAACGAGAGAUGUCUGAGAACGGUGGUGGAAGUAGCGGUGGAGGAGGAGCUGAUGAUGAAGAAGAGCGAGAGAACGGCGAGCCUAAUGAAGGAGCAGUCGAGGUCGGAAACCGCCGUCCCCGGGGUCGGCCACCCGGUUCAAAGAACAAGCCCAAGCCACCGAUUUUCGUGACCCGGGACAGCCCGAACGCGCUCAGAAGCCAUGUCAUGGAGGUGGCAGGUGGCGCCGAUGUGGCCGAAAGUGUAGCUCAGUUUGCCAGGAGACGUCAACGGGGAGUUUGUGUGCUCAGUGGAAGCGGAGCGGUAGCAAAUGUUACAUUGCGGCAACCAGCAGCGCCCGGUGCGGUGGUGGCACUUCACGGCAGGUUCGAGAUACUGUCAUUGACCGGGGCGUUUCUACCAGGACCGGCACCACCGGGUUCAACCGGGCUGACGGUUUACCUGGCUGGCGGUCAGGGGCAGGUAGUCGGGGGAAGCGUGGUUGGAACGCUUGUUGCGGCGGGUCCGGUUAUGGUGAUUGCUGCAACGUUCUCAAAUGCGACUUACGAGCGGUUGCCGUUGGAAGAUGACGAUGAUACCGGUAGUGCCGGGCAGGGUCAGGUCCCAGGCGGUGGUGCCGGAAACUCGCCGCCACCAAUUGGAAGCAGUGGUGGACAACAACACGCGGGUCUUCCUGACCCAUCUUCAAUGCCCGUUUUCAAUCUGCCCCCUAAUCUUCUUCCUAAUGGUGGUGGACAAUUAAGCCAUGAUGCCUAUGCUUGGACACAUAAUCGUCCAGCUUAUUGAUGGAGAACAUAAAACACAAAGAGACACAUAGAGGGUAAGAGUGAGAGAUCAAUCAGGUAGAGAUUUGGAACCUGAGAGCUAGAGAGAAGGAAGAGUACCAUGGGGGUGUCUAUUUGUAUAUCUUAACUUCUGCUUUUAAUUUGACUCUUCUUUAAUCCUUUUCUGUAUGAACUUUUUUGAAAAAUAUAUAAGAUGGUUUAAUCCUUA